ACACAUAAAAAACAUAAAAUUUUACCUAAAACCGCUACACAAACCAACAUAUGAUAGUUCAAUUCUUCCAUAUUUUCAUAUUAAGUCAAUCUUUCAUAUUUUGUGGGACGAGCCACCCAACGUAACACAAGAUGGUAGCGGUGCAUAGACGCAUAGUGACUUCGGCUCAAGGAUAUGGUUAGGAGUCGGGGCACAACCUUACAAUAUUGGACUAGGUUCCUUCCCUAACUGUUAACCGCACAGCCCAUUUUCCGAUUUCCGUGCGCGGUUGCCUACUCCGUACAACCAAGUAAUUGGACAACAAUAUAAAAUCCAAACUGGGUAAUCCCUUAACAACGACACAAGUCCGCGCAAUCAAUUCAAAAUCCUCUCUCCCUUCCCUCCCACAUUCUCUCUCGACGGAGAAAUAGCGCGCUUUUCCGGUCAUAGUCGCCGCUCCAACCACCAUUUCACAUUCCAAGCAUUGCCUGAACCCUAAUUUUGCGAUCAUCUCAAGGAUUCACUAUUUCAACUGAUCAACGCUGUCAAAUCUCUGGGAACAUGGAAACUGCAGAUUCCCCGUCUCCACCACAGGAGAAAAUUUUAGGUGUUCAAACUUCUGCUCCUGCUGCAAAUUUUCCAUCAUCAGCAUCAUCAUCUGCGUCUGGUAUAGAUUCUUGGGCCAAAAGCUUUAAAAUACCACAGGCUUCAGGGGAGACUGUGGGAGAAUCACAAUCUGGAAGUGGUGCAAGAUCGACCUUUGCACGUUUAACAAGUGGUCUUGGAUUACGCUCACCUGCAUCAAAUCCUGUGGCUAGUGGAGAUGCUCCAGCAGAUACAGCACCUGCCCGAGCUGGUGUUUUUGAUUCAUUAACAAAAGGGUUAGUUGACUCAUCUCGCAGUGCUGUAAAGGCUGUGCAGGCCAAAGCACGCCAUAUGGUCUCGCAAAAUAAGCGGAGGUACCAGAAAGGAGGAUUUGAUUUGGAUUUGACAUACAUCACGGAAAAUAUUAUUGCCAUGGGAUUCCCUGCUGGUGACAUCAGUUCUGGAAUUUUUGGAUAUGUUGAGGGGCUCUACAGAAAUCAUAUGGAAGAGGUGAUUAGGUUUUUUGAGACUCACCACCAGGGCAAAUACAAAGUCUAUAAUCUUUGCUCAGAGAGGUUGUACGAUGCAUCACUUUUUGAGGGGAAGGCUGCAUCAUUCCCAUUUGAUGAUCAUAACUGUCCACCUAUUCACCUCAUCUCCUUAUUUUGUCAAAGUGCCUAUACAUGGUUGAAGGCGGAUGUUGACAAUGUAGUUGUAGUUCACUGUAAAGCUGGUUUAGGGAGAACAGGACUAAUGAUUUCUUGCCUACUUCUGUACCUGAAGUUUUGCCCAACAGCUGAAGAAUCUAUUGACUUGUUCAAUCAGAAAAGAUGUGUAGAUGGAAAGGGUCUUGUUCAUCCAAGUCAGAUUAGAUAUGUCAAAUAUUUCGAGCGCAUCUUAAAAGACUUUCAAGGUGAAAAUCCAUCCAAACGCAGGUGCAUGCUCAGAGGAUUUCGACUUCACAAGUGUCCAUAUUGGAUUAGGCCAUCUAUUACCAUCUCUGAUCACAACGGGAUUCUAUUCACCACAAAAAAACAUGCAAAGACCAAGGAUCUACUGCCAGAAGAUUUUUGGAUGAACUCUUCUAGGAAGGGGAUAGUAGUGUUUGCUUUACCAGGAGAGCCAGGUCUGACAGAGUUGGCAGGUGACUUUAAAGUUCACUUUCAAGAUCGGCAUGGAGAUUUCUACUGUUGGUUUAAUACAACUAUGACGGAAAACAGAAUUAUCAUAAAUAGUGAUGAUCUUGAUGGGUUUGACAAGAGAAAGCUUCCUUCACCUACAUUCCAGGUGGAGAUAGUGAUGAAUGAUUAUGAUGGUACACUUGCAAAAAAGCCAAACACUGAACAAGAAAAAACAAGGUCUGAUGCAAGCGCAGAGCAGAUUGCAUCCAGCAACAAUGGUGGUGCUGUCAUACCAAAGACAGAGGGAUCAUCUGAGAAAGAAGAAAAAGAUGAUGUAUUCUCUGACAGUGAUGGAGAAGGUGGAUCUUCCAAAACUACCCAGGUUCAUGCUUCUGUAGCUGGACCUGCUAGCAGUAAUCAAGUUUCUAGUAUAACACAGAGGACUCAUCAGAUGUCUGUCAGCAAUACAAAACCAGCUCAAAAUAGCAGUGGUAACUCCUACACUGAUAGUGUUGGAAAAUCUGGAUCAAGUGUUGAAACACCUAAGCUCGGUUCAUCUACCACUAAUGAUUUCAAGGCCAUUGCAGCUGAUGCUUCUGUUUUCAGUUUUGGGGAUGAAGACUCUGAAAGUGAAUGAAAUAAGAAGACCCAUAUUAUUUUUUUUUGGUACUCCCUGCGAGACCCUUGUAAUUUCUUGAAUUACUUGAGCAUGCACUGUGACAGAAACCCAAACUUUCAGCCUUAGUGGUGAUUUUCUGAUACUCAAAUAGUCAAAUGUUUCAGUUCCUGCUGCAGUUAGUUAAAUUCUUUCUGAAGGCAUUCAACGUCAUUGCUUUACAAGAUGUAACAACAUUUUUCAAAAUAACUAUUGUAAAACACAAGUUUAUGUUC